GACGGAGGCCGCAGCUCAGGGAAAGUGAGGCUGCAGUAGUGGUGGUCGGAAGAUGUCGGGCGAAGACGAGCAGCAGGAGCAAACUAUCGCCGAGGACCUGGUCGUGACCAAGUAUAAGAUGGGGGGCGACAUCGCCAACCGGGUACUUCGAUCUUUGGUGGAAGCUUCCAGCUCAGGUGUGUCAGUACUGAGCCUGUGUGAGAAAGGUGAUGCCAUGAUUAUGGAAGAGACUGGGAAAAUCUUCAAGAAAGAAAAGGAAAUGAAGAAAGGUAUUGCCUUUCCUACCAGCAUUUCGGUAAAUAACUGUGUGUGCCACUUCUCCCCUUUGAAGAGUGACCAGGACUACAUACUCAAGGAAGGUGACUUGGUAAAAAUUGACCUUGGGGUCCAUGUGGAUGGCUUCAUUGCUAAUGUGGCUCACACUUUUGUGAUUGGUGUAGUUCAGGGGACCCAGGUCACAGGUCGUAAAGCAGAUGUCAUUAAGGCAGCUCAUCUUUGUGCCGAAGCUGCCUUACGACUGGUCAAGCCUGGAAACCAGAACACACAAGUGACAGAAGCCUGGAACAAAGUUGCUCACUCAUUUAAUUGCACGCCAAUAGAAGGUAUGCUCUCACACCAACUGAAGCAGCAUGUGAUCGAUGGAGAGAAAACCAUUAUCCAGAAUCCUACAGACCAGCAGAAGAAGGACCAUGAAAAGGCUGAAUUUGAGGUACAUGAAGUUUAUGCUGUGGAUGUCCUCGUGAGCUCAGGAGAAGGCAAGGCCAAAGAUGCAGGACAGAGAACCACCAUUUACAAGCGAGACCCCUCUAAACAAUACGGCCUGAAAAUGAAAACUUCACGUGCCUUUUUCAGUGAGGUGGAGAGACGUUUUGAUGCCAUGCCGUUUACUUUAAGAGCAUUUGAAGAUGAGAAGAAGGCUCGAAUGGGUGUGGUAGAGUGUGCCAAACAUGAGUUACUACAGCCAUUUAAUGUUCUCUAUGAGAAGGAGGGUGAAUUUGUUGCCCAGUUUAAAUUUACAGUCCUCCUCAUGCCCAAUGGCCCCAUGAGGAUAACCAGUGGUCCCUUUGAGCCUGAACUCUACAAGUCUGAGAUGGAAGUCCAGGAUGCAGAGCUAAAGGCUCUUCUCCAGAGUUCUGCAAGUCGAAAAACCCAGAAAAAGAAGAAAAAGAAGGCCUCCAAGACCGCAGAAAACGCCACCAGCGGGGAGACGUUGGAAGAGAAUGAAGCCGGGGACUGAGGUGGCCCUGACCCCAGCUCGUCACUCCUGCCUCAUCCCCUCCCACCGCACCCCAGGCUCUGAAGUGCAGUCGUCUUCUCCACCCGAGACCACCAGCAGAGUGGGGUCUUCUGCCCUCAUCCCAGCCCCCACCCACUCACUCACCCACUCUUUCCAACGAAAAGCCAGCUCCAACUGACUCUGGUCUUGGGAGGCCAGGCUUCCCGAAAGCCACUGAAGACUACUUUCAGUAGAAAAAGAAAUUGAAUAAUAAAAUCAGGAGUCAAAUC